AUGAAGAUAGUAUGGAGACUGUGUUUAAUCUUCUCCCUUUUCAACUCGGUGUUUGUUUUUGCUUCUCCUGUAAGGCACUUGUGUCGUCCUGACCAGAGAGAUGCUCUGCGGGAGUUCAAGAGCGAGUUCAUUGAAGUCCAAUUUAAUACGAAGAUAGCGACGUGGAGGAACAACAGUGAUUGCUGUUCUUGGGAUGGUAUCUCUUGUGAUAAUAACACGGGUAUGGUCAUUGAUUUAGACCUCAGCUUCAACUUCGACUUCAUGGACAGUAGUGUCAGCCUCAGUGGCCCUUUGAGAUAUAACAGUAGUCUGUUUAGACUACAGCAUCUUCAGAGCCUGAAUCUUAGUUGGAAUAAUUUGGAUGGUGUUCUACCAGAUUCCAUCGGCAACCUUAAAUAUUUAAGGGUUUUGAGUCUUUUUGGUUGCUUUUUCGUUGGAAAGAUUCCUUCUUCACUCGGAAAUCUUUCUUAUCUCACUGAUCUUGAUCUUUCUUUUAAUAAUUUCAACAGUGAGCUACCGGAUUCGAUUGGCAACUUCAAAUAUAUGAAGGUUUUGAGCCUUCGUGGUUGCAAUUUAUUUGGAAAGAUUCCUUCUUCAAUCGGAAAUCUUUCUUAUCUCACUGAGCUUGAUCUCUAUUAUAAUGGUUUCACUGGUGAGCUACCGGAUUCGAUGGGCAACCUAAACCGGCUGACAACGUUGACACUUAACAAUAACAAGCUCAGUGGGAACUUUCCUUUUCUGUUACUCAAUUUGAGCUCACUCACGAGGAUCGACCUUUCUUCUAACCAGUUCCAAGGUAUGCUCCCAUCUAACAUGAGUAGCCUCUCCAAUCUGGAAGACUUCGAUAUCAGUGGAAAUUCAUUUCGUGGACCUAUUCCAUCAUCUCUCUUCAUGAUCCCUUCAUUGAUCAAGCUUGUCCUGGAAAGAAACCACUUCAGCAGUCCUCUUGAGAUUGGGAAUAUCACUUCUUCACCAUCUAAACUUGAAGAAUUAUUCCUUGGAGAAAACAAUUUCAAUGGACCAAUCCCAGGAUCUAUAUUGAAACUAGUCGGGCUUCGGAAUCUUGGCCUCUCUUUUUGGAACACAGGGAAGGGCGUGGUUGAUUUCAACAUUUUCUUGCAUCUCAAGUCACUUGUGGCCCUUGACCUCUCCUAUCUGAAUACAAGCAGCAUGGUGGACUUGAGUAUUUUCUCACAUCUCAUGUCACUUGAAAGGCUGUAUCUUUCUGGGAAUAAUUUAGAGAUCAGGUCAAGUCUCCAUCUUCCGUCACCCAUACGGCUCUUGACAUUAUCAUCCUGCAAUAUUUCUGAGUUUCCAAAAUUUAUACAAAACCAAACUGGAUUGGUGUAUCUAGACAUUUCUACCAAUCGAAUUGGAGGCCAAGUACCAGAGUGGUUAUGGAGACUGCCGAGGUUGUGGUAUGUAAACGUUUCUGGGAAUUCCUUCAGUGGUUUUGAAGGAUCAGCGGAUGCCAUUCAAAAAAGUGAGGACUUAUUCGUACUUGAUAUAAGUUCGAACAAGUUUCGGGAUCUUCCUCUAUUACCAAAGUCUCUAUUGUACUUUUUAGGCUCCGAAAAUGGGUUUUCAGGAGAGAUUCCUAUGGCCAUAUGUGAACCGGUUUAUCUUGAUACACUUGUUUUAUCUAACAACAAUUUCAGCGGUUCCAUUCCUCGUUGUUUUGAGAAUGUCGAUGCUAGUAUUUCGGUCUUGCAUCUACAUAAUAACAGUCUCUCUGGUAUUCUUCCAGAGGAAUCUAUCAGUGUUUACUUGACAUCACUUAAUGUUGGUGGCAACAAGCUAUCAGGAGAACUACCCAAGUCUCUUAUCAACUGCACGCGUCUCGAAUUUCUGAACGUGGAAGACAACAAUUUUAAUGACACGUUUCCUUUUUGGUUGAGGUUCUUGCCUGAAUUGCAGAUUCUUGUCCUUCGCUCUAACGAGUUCCAUGGGCCAAUAUCUUAUCCUGGAGAUUCUCUGAGUUUCCCCAACCUGCGAAUCUUUGACAUUUCAGAUAAUCGCUUCACUGGAACCUUGCCAUCAGAUUACUUUGCUGGUUGGAGUGCAUUGUCAUCAUCGGUAAAUAAUUUGCCAAUUAGGCUUGAAGUUCCAUCAACCUUCUACUAUCAUAGAUCGGUGGCUCUGACGAACAAAGGAUUGAAGAUGGAGCUGGUUUGGAGUGGUUUUAAAAUCUAUAAAACCAUUGAUAUCUCUGGAAACAGACUCCAAGGAGAUAUUCCGGAAUCCAUAGGUUUACUCAAGGAACUGAUUGUGCUCAACAUGUCAAACAACGUUUUCACUGGCCAUAUUCUACCAUCUCUUGCGAACUUGAGCAACCUCCAAUCAUUGGAUCUGUCUCAAAACCGAUUAUCCGGCAGAAUUCCGCCAGAGCUCGGGAAACUCACGUUUCUAGCGUGGAUGAACUUCUCUUACAACAUGCUCGAAGGUCCAAUACCGCAAGGUACUCAGAUUCAAAGCCAGAAUAUUUCUUCAUUCGCAGAGAAUCCUGGGCUCUGCGGUGAUCCUCUGCAAGAAACCUGUGGAAAAGAAGAAGAAGCGACAGAACAAGAGGAAGAUGAAAAAAAGGAAGAAGAAGAUGAAGCAUUGAGCUGGAUCGCAGCUGCAAUAGGCUACGUACCUGGUGUUUUCUGUGGUCUCACCUUCGGUCACAUUCUGGCUUCAUAUAAACCUGACUGGUUCCUGAGGAUCUUUCGCUCUUUUUCUUAA